AAAUUCACGACAACUCUUCAUCUUCUGCUCUACGCAAUGCAUUCUCCAAGUCAACUGGCUCCAGGGUCCUGCUUCAACUGCAGGCGCCAGAAGCAGCGAUGCGAUAGGCUCCUCCCGCAAUGCUCCCGUUGCAGCUCGAAGGCGGUUGCUUGUGAUUAUAAGGCAACGGCCAGCUCCCAAACAAGCCCCUUUUCGCCCGGAACUCAGGUAGAGGCGGCCGUGCUAGUACAUCUUCGAGACUCGUGCAGUUUUGACUUGACACCACUGGCCGAACGCUACUUGAUAUGGGCAGCUUGUGCGAGUGACGACAGCGUAGGUGACGAGGGCAACCAUGCUCAGCCCACGCUGUCCACACUUGUCCAAGACAUCUUCAGUGCAGGCGGCGUAGACCUGCCUGCCGUGAUUGAGACUUACUUUGCCAUUGCGCACAGCUGGCUUCCCAUAUUGGACAAGGAGCAGCUGUAUCUUGAUAUAAGUCACCUCCUCGGAUACCCGGGAUAUCAAAACGAUGUCGUUGCGCUUUUACUUCUUUGCAUCUACAUCUUUAUACAGCAACCGUGCCAGCACCCAAACCAUUCAGUCAAGUCCGCCCUAUACCGCACCACUCGGCGCCUGUUCUUUCUCCUUCAGACAUCAGCUCAUAGUUCAGAUAUUGCCUUGCUGCAAUCUGGUCUUUUGCUGGUUGCGUACGAACUUGGUCAUGGUAUGAGCAAGGAUGCCUAUGGGACUCUUGGUGUGUGCACGAGUCUUGCGCAGCAGCUGAGUCUACAACCAGACGGCUGUGACCGAGGCAUGAUACAGAGACCCGAGAUAACGCAACUUGAUCUGUGCUGGAGCGGGAUUGUGCUGCUUGAUAGAACCAUCAUGCUAUCCGACUUUGAUUACCGUAUACCACAGUCCGUCGGCCUCAACCACCAGUUCGUGGGUGCGGCAGUUGGCAAGGUGUCGGAUGAGGAUCUCCAUGGCGACGACUUGCCUCGCAAGUUUGUGGCACGGGCACAAGUCGCUCUGCACAUUGGCAAGAUACUCGACGCCAUGGCGAGUCCAGAUCCAGCGCAAAGACAAGAAGCAGAAACAAACCUCCACAGGCUGGUAAGCUCUCUCAUAACCAGAACGCAGGGCAAAUCGUUUCCAUUAUGCGAGGCAGUAGCCAUGUCUCUCAGCGCUUUGGCUAUCUUGUACUGUCUGCGUGACACGCAGAUAUCCGCCCUCAGCAGCGCCACGACACGUUCGGCUGUUCGAUGCGUGUACAACAUGGUGUUUGACACAUUUCACACCGAGGGCGAGAUUGUCCGCCAUAGAGGUUGGGUUAAUGACAGUCGACCCUGUUUUAUUGGUAUAUGCUGUUUGCAGGGUGCCGCCAUUCGCAUGGAUCGCCUGUACGUGGACGGCCUCGUGGGUGAAGACUUGAUGGAGCUGCGAAGUACGCUUGAGUCGUUCAGCACUCGUUGGAAGCUUGGAGAGUCUUUCAUCGAGGCAUUAAACGCCGGAAGAGAUGAUUUAUCGUCGGAUAGGUGUCGAAGCAUAGGAAGGGUGGCUCAACUGGAGAAAAAGAUUGACGGCAUCGUCUCCCUCCUCGCUGCUCAGAAAGGCCUCUCCCCCUUGACACCAGAGAGUCCUCAAGAUGUGCCAGCGCAGCAGGCAAUCCCUGAAGAUAUCCAGGCAGUUCAGCUUGCCCCUGACCGCCUCCCGCCUCCUGGUAUCGGGCGCUCUGAUGAUGACUAUGCAGACCUGGAGCUAUUCCCAGGCUUCCGCAUCACCCAUGAUGAGGCCGCGAAACGGUUAGAGGUGUAUCGUCGAGACUAUGUACCCGAGUUCCCCUUUGUGCCCAUGCCGGAUUCGCUGGCGUCCCAUGAGUUUUAUUCCGAGUCGCGGUUCUUGUUCUGGACUAUUCUGGCUGUUGUCUCACCACUCAAGGAGAAAGUGCAGAUGGACUUCAAAGCUUGGUUCCGCAAGUACCUGGCCGAGCAUGUAGUCAUGGGCCAGGAAAGGUCACUAGACAUUCUUCAGGGGAUACUAGUCUACCUAGCCUGGAACGACUUUCACUUCUACGGAGACCUCCAGGUCACCAGCAUUAUCCAGCUGGCCAUCGGUCUUAUAAUCGAUCUAAGGUUAGACAGACCAGCGGGAGCCAUCCUCGGUGCUCCACGCAGCUUACUAGGAGAUGCGUGGACUUCAAUGGGCAAACCCUGCUCCAAGAUCAAGAUGGAUCAAUCGUCACAAGACAAGAGAGCCGUCCUGGGGAUGUACUACAUAACAGCCAUACUGAGUUCAUUCUUCAAAAAGAAUACCAUCGUGCCGUGGAGCAACCAUCUGUCGCAAUGCUGCGACCACCUCAUCGAGGCACGAGAGUACGAGUCCGACCUGUACCUCGUGGCUCUCGUCAGGAUGCAGCACCUAGCUGAGCGUGGCUUCAGUGCCAUACCCGCCGUCGACUACCUUGAUCCUACUCCCCCGACAUUUAGAGGCCAUGUUGCCAUGACCAUGAACAACGUCCAUCGCGAGCUGGAGCGGCUCUCCAAGUUCCAGCCGGACUCGGUCAAGCAGAACCAUGCCUUCUGGGCUCACUACUACACCUUGCUCGUCCGCCUCUACGAGCCCACCAUCCUCAUGCGAGCAGCCCCCCUCAACACUUCAGACGGAACCCUCACGGAACCACUCCAGCACUCCGAGUACAUGUGGAAAUGCCUCGAAGCAGUAGCCGACUCAUUCCAGGAGCAACUCGCCACCCCCGCGGCUCAAAUGUCCACCCUCCCCGUGACGGUCAACUGCGUCCUUGCCUUUGCGACCGUCACAGCCUCGCGCCUCAUCCUAUCGGAAAACUCUCCAGAUUGGGACACCAGCCUUGCUCGACGACGACUCAAUUUUCAAGAUAUACUCAAGGGUCUGGGCGAUCAGUUUGAAGCGGCGGAUCAGGAAGCACUGCGACUCGACCGAAGACGUCGCGUCAUGGAAGACGGUAGCAGCGUGUUUCUCAAAUGCAGCUUCAAAGUACGAUGGAUUCGACAAUGGUGCAUGAACAAGAUACCACAGGAAGAACAGCAGCAGCAUCAGCAGCUACAGCAUGUGGAAACUCCAUGCGCAGCGCUGGCGCAGACACAGAGCGUGAUUGAGCCGACUCCGGACUGGGCGGCCAAUUUCCAAUUCGAUGAUGACUUUUGGGCGGAUUUGAUGACGGGAUACGAUGCUGAUGCUCUAGACACGUCGCUUGCGAGUGUUGCACCGGCGCAUUAG